UGCAGUUUCUUCGAAAUUAGUUUAACAUUAUCCAGAAAAGAGAAGUAAAAGAAAAGGAAGUGAAUCUUAGAUUUAAAUCACCAAUCUUAGACAGAGAGAUUGCUUCACACUAAAGUGAGAUUAGCACUCCAUUAACUGUACCGUUGACCUUACGUCAAAAUGAGAAACCCCACUGCAUAACUCUCCUAAAACCCCCCAUACAUUUCAACAUAAAACCCUCUCUUGUCUCUGUAAUCUCACAUUUGGAUCUAUUGCCUGAAAGUUCAUAUUCAUGGCGAAUUCAGAUCCGCUAUCCACAAACCAUUUCUGCGAUCACUCAAUUCCACACGGAAAUAACAAUAACAGUAACGUCGUUGAAUCAGGUGCAUUCAACGACGAAGUCAUGCUUGAUGGCCUGGAAUUCGACCUAUCCUUCGACGAUAUCUUCCCUCCUUUCCAGGCUGAUGUUAAUUGUCUCAGUUUUCCUUAUUCGGGUUUGGAACCGGGUCAGAUUGACCCAGUUGGAUUCGGUCAACCCAUCGAUUCUUCUCGGAUUUUCAAGUCGUCUCCCGAAUUACGUCAUGUUUCCGAGGCGUGUCAAAGCUCUAGUGGGUCCCACUCCCUUGUGUUGUCCAACCAAAUUUCCGGCGAUCCGAACGAGGAUGUCUCUGAAUACCUUAAUGUGUCGUCUAAUGGAAAUGACUAUAAGGCCCUUUUGAACUGCCCUUCACCGGAGUCGCAGGGUUCUGGCAAUUGUGGGUCCAAUGUAUCUGAAGCUGCUUUGACUUAUCCGAGGGGCAAAUCGGUAACUUCCUCUCCAAAUAAUUUGAUUAAAUAUGGUGUAGUGGUAGAACAGGAAAUUAAAUUAGAGGAAAUUAUUAGUACAGAAUACAGUAAAUGUAGAUCAACUUUGAAGAGAAAAAAAGUGAGCGUAGAAGAUUCAAACAAUGUAGUAAGCAAAUACCAAAAAUCUAAUUUUGUAGUUGAGUGUAACAAUAGUGAAGGAGGAGAUGAAAAGAGGAAAUCAAGAUUGAUGAGGAAUAGAGAAAGUGCUCAGCUUUCAAGGCAAAGGAAAAAACAUUAUGUUGAGGAGUUAGAGGAUAAGGUUAGGACAAUGCAUUCAACUAUCCAAGAUUUGAAUGUUAAGAUAUCGUAUAUAAUGUCAGAGAAUGCGACUUUAAGGUCACAGAUGGGAAACACCCCACCACCCCCACCUGGGAUGUACCCAAUGAUGUAUCCUUGGAUGCCGUGUGCUCCGCCGCCUUAUAUGGUGAAGCCACAAGGAUCGCAAGUGCCUUUGGUUCCCAUUCCGAGGUUGAAACCCCAAGCAGCGACGAGUAGUAAGAAAGUAGAGAAUAAGAAGACUGAGGUGAAAACUAAGAGGGUUGCUAGCGUUAGUUUCCUUGGUUUGUUGUUUUUCAUGCUUCUAUUUGGUGGUUUGGUUCCUAUAGUAAAUCUGAGAUAUGGAGGAUCGAGAGAACCUUUUACAAGUCGAAGUGGGUACAAUGAAAGGCAUCAUGGAAGAGUUUUGGCCGUUGAUGGGAGUAGUUAUUCAGGGGAUCAUAAGUACAGAAAUAAUUGCAGUCAGGGAGAAGACGGUCAGCCAAAUUUCAAGAGGUCAGGCAAUGGUAGUGAGCCUCUAAUAGCCUCUUUGUAUGUUCCCAGGAAUGAUAAACUUGUGAAGAUUGAUGGAAACUUGAUAAUUCAUUCUGUUUUGGCUAGUGAGAAAGCCAUAGCAUCUCAUAAGCAGAGCAAUGGAGAAACAGGUCUUGCAGUUCCCAGAGAUUUGGCCCCUGCCAUCCCAGGGAGGCAUCCCCAUCAUUACCGAACUCCUGCUGAUGGGAAACGGGCUCUUGGCUCUGGGGAUAAAGACAAAGCAAAGUCAACUAUGCAGCAAUGGUUCGUUGAAGGCGUCACUGGGCCCAUGUUGAGCUCAGGCAUGUGUACUGAAGUGUUCCAGUUUGAUGUAUCUUCAUCUCCGGGAGGCAUCGUUCCUGCUACCACUGUUAGGAAUGUUUCUAUGGAACAGAGGCAGAAUGCUACACGCACCAACAAGGUGAGAAAUAGAAGGAUCCUUAAUGGUCUUUCCGUUCCUGUUACUCACAACGUAUCUGAAGAACAUGAUGGAAAAACUGGAAAGAAAGAUGACCUUGCUGGAAAUAGUUCACUUUCUUCAAUGGUUGUCUCUGUGCUAGUUGAUCCAAGAGAGGCAGCUGAUGGUGAUGGUGAUGGCAUGAUCGGACGAAAGUCCAUCUCUCGGAUUUUUGUUGUCGUGUUGAUAGAUAGUGUGAAGUAUGUGACCUAUUCUUGCAUGCUUCCUUUUAAAGGAUCUGUUCCUCUAGUGACUACCUGAAGAUGGAGAAGUUAUGUUGUAGAAGCACCUUACUGAUCCCUGAACAAUUUUGUAGAUUCAGGCUAGAUAUAGUAUUUACAGCACACAUAGCUUCCAUUUGUAGACUAACUAAUGGAUGGGAACUUCUCUCUUAUGU